AUGGAAAAGAAAAAAAAAAAAAAUAGUUUCUUGUUACAAGGCUAUUUUAAAAAAUCUUUAAAUUCAACAGAUAACAACAACAAUAAUAAUAAUAAUAUUAAUAAUAAUAAUUAUUAUUAUCCAUAUGAUGAAAAUUCUCUUGUCAAAUUAAAAAAUCCAUACAAUAUAACAACUGAUAAUGGUAAGAAACUAUUUUGUAGAAAUCCUCUUGGGUUAGUUUCUUAUUAUCGUUGUACGGAAGGAACUGCGAAUAUUUUAAGUGACACUUCAGGAUGUAAUAGAUUAGCCUAUAUAAAAAAUUAUGACCAGUCAGACCGAGUGUGGUACUACCAGUUUGAAAGGAACGAACUCAUAAUUAAUAAAGACCAGAGAGGGCAACAAUUAAAUGGAAACUAUUGCAUAAAAUUAAGCGGGAAGUCAAAUUGUUAUAUAGAAAUCGAGUCUGAUAGUUGCUUGGAACUAUUAGGUGGAAAUUAUAGUAUGAAUGAAAAGAGUAUACUUAUAAAAAAAGAGAUUUUCAAAAACCUAACAAAUGAUAACAAUGAAGGUUUUACCUUUGAAAUGUGGAUAGGAAUACAUGAAUCCCUUUUUGACAAGAAAGGAGAGAAAAAAAAAAAAAAAAAAAGUAAUAAAAAAAAAAAAAAAUAUGUACAAUCCAGUGAAGAUAACGAUGAAGAUGACGAUGAUGAUGAAGAAGAAUAUAGUAGUUAUAUAAAUUCUAAGGGUAAUAAAAAGAAAUGUAUAUGUUUAAUACAAAAGGGCAAAUCAUGUGAAUGGAACAUUUUUCUCGUUAUUGAUAAUGAAAAAGAAGAAUGUUUCUUUGUUAUCAAUUUUAAAGAUAAGAAAUAUCAGUUUGAUACUUUUCCUAUAGCUCAUUUGAAGAGUGUUUUUAUAAAAAAACAUUAUUGGAUAAACAUAUCGAUUAUAUUUAAUUUAACUAUUGAUUUAAUAUAUGUGAUAUUAUCAGGAGAUGAUAAUUAUUUUUUAAGAGUGAUAAAAAAUUCUUAUUUAAUAUUUUAUAACACUUUGUUAUAUCCCACAAAUUUCUUUAUUGAUAAUAAUAGGCAGUUACCUUUAUGUAUAGGAAUACAGCCCGAGGAUGGUGGUGGUCAUGAAAAUAAUAUAAUAGAAGAAAAGGGAUAUAAUAUUUCAAAUGAUAAGGGAAAAAAGAAGGAUGCUAAAUCCAUUACAGGAUUAGAAAAGGAGAAGAACCGUUAUGAUAAUAAUUAUGUAUACAUUUCUUUUUUAAUAACAGAGAUACGGUUAUACGUGUCUAGUCGUUCUGCUGAUUUGGUUAUGAAAGAAAAGAAGUCUGUUUUGAUGGGUGAUUUUGUUUAUGGCGAGAUGGGUAAUAGGCAAGAUAAGAAAGAGAAGAAAGAGAAGAAAAAGAAGAAGAAAUAUAAUACAAGCUCUGACAAAGAUGAAAGUGAAUCAUACGAAGAUAUUGAUAAUAAUAAUAAUAAUAAUAGUGGUGAUGAUAGUUAUGAACAGAGCGAUAAUAAUAUAAAUAAUAAUUAUAGUUCCAAUAGUGAGAAGAAAAAUGAAAACUUACAUUUAAAAAAAAAAAAGUAUGAAGAUAAUAAGAUACAAAUUAAAUAUAAGGGUUUGAAAAAACCAGUAGUUAUAAAUUCUCCAGAUGAAAAUUCAGAAAGUGACGAAAUGAAGAAAAUAUUUGAUAAGAAUGGAAAAGAGCUAGGUAGCAGAUCAUUGGAAAAAGGCAAAAGCCGAACAAAAAACAAUAUUUAUAUUGACCAUGAGAAAAGAAAAGAUGAGGAGAAAGAUAUAUUUUUUAAAUACAAUAAUGAUAUUGGAGGAGAAGAAAAAAAAAACAUUGCAGAUCGUUGUAGUGAGUUCAAUAUAGAAAUUGAAGAAAUGAAGAAGAGGUUUAGUAAAUUUAGUGAUGAGAUGAAAGAAAAGGAAAGAAAAAAGAAUUACAAAAAGGAGGAAAAAAGAAAGGUGAAUAAUAAUAAUAUUAAUAAUAAUAUUAGUAAUAGUAAUAUUAAUAAUAGUAAUAUUAAUAAUAGUAAAGAUUUUUUCCAGUUUGAUGGGGAAAAUUCAAAUGAUUUUACACCACAUUUUUCAAAUUCCAAAGGUUUGGAAGAGAAGGAUUUAUCAGAUUCAUGUGAUGAUGAUUUUUUUGUAGGAAAUAAUAAAAAAAAAAAAGAUGUAAAUGUGUCAUCUGAUAGUUCGUCUGAAGUUGAUGAAAUAAAAAAUAAAAAUAUAAAUAAAAAUAUAAAUAAAUAUACAAAUAAAUGUACAAAUAAUUAUACAAAUAAAAGUAAAGAUGAUAUUAUAAGUAACAACAAUUUUGUUAAUUUUGAUGAAAUAAAUCCUAAUGGAUCUUUUUAUUUCCAUUUUUCCGAUGAAAAGGAUAAAUCAAGUGGUGAGGAAAAUAAAAGGAAUGAUGACUUUUAUUUCGGAAAAGGGAAAGGGGGAAAAGAUAACAACAUGAAAGAUGUAUUUAGUAAUAAUAAAAAAGAAGAAAUAAAAUUAAAAGGUUCUACUAAUAUGUUUUCAGAUAAUACAGAAAAGGGUGAUAGGUUAAUAUAUAAUAAUGAAGGGGUUGAUAUAAAUAAUGGGAAUAAUAAAGAAAAUAAUAAAGAGAAUAAUAAAGAAAAAUAUAUAAAUUUCAUUGUGAACGAAUUUAAAGAUAAAUUCGAACAUGAAUUUAUUGACAAGUUUGUUAAUACUAUUACAUCCAAACUUAAUUUGAGUGACAAAGAGAGAAUAGAGUUAGUAGAAAAUAUUAAAAAUAGAGGAAAGGAAAAAACAGAAUUAACUUAUAAAUAUAUAGAUAAAACAGAACAGUGUCAAAAUGAUGCUGGUUUGAAUUUAUUAUGGGAUGAUGAGAAAAAGAAUAAUAAAUAUGAUAUAGAUAUAGUAAAAGAGAAAUAUAAUGAGUUAAUAAAAAAAAAAGAAUAUUCAGAGCAAAAGAGUUUUUAUAAUGAAAUUAAAGAGGAACUUAAAAGGGUCAAACAAAAAACGGUUAUUGAAAAAGAGAUGGAUGAUUAUAUAAAACAAAACCAGUUGAUGAAUGAGUAUUAUUGUAAAAAAUAUAAGGAGUAUAAAGAUAGUGACAAAAGUUCAGAAGAUAUUAUAGGUGAUGAACAUGUGAAAGAUUAUAUAGAUGGAGAAGAUUAUAAAUAUGUGAAAGAGGAUUCAGGUGAGGAUUACAAAAUUGAAAAGGAUGAUUAUAAUAAAUGUGAUAAAGUUGGAGAUGGGUUAUAUUUGAAUUGGGAUAAUAAAAAAAUCAUACAUGUUAUUCCUAAUGAACAUGAAGAAACAGAUGGUUAUGUGGAUCAGAUAAAUUCGGAUGGUAGUAAUUCUGUUGUUAAUAUAAAAUAUGAAAAAAAGUCAGACGUGAGUGAUUUUACAUUUAAUAAGUAUAAAAAUGUGUUAGAUGAAGAGGAGGAAGAGAACAACAAAAAAAAAAAAAAUUUUAAAAAAAAAAAUAAAAUAAAUGAUGAAGCAUUUGAAAAAAAUGUAUAUAAUAAGGAAGAAAGAAAGUAUACACAUAAAGAUGUUUUUCCAUGUAGUGAGAAUGAUUCGUCUAUUAUAUAUCAUAAAGAUGAACUUGUUUCAGAAUAUUCAAAUGCUAUUAUAUCAAAAGAGGAUGAUAGUAAUGAAAGAAGUUAUUAUGAUGAGACAUAUGAUAAAAUGAAUAAAGAAGAAGAAAUGAAUGUAGGAAAGAAAUAUUAUAAAUAUAUUUGUCCUUUAACUCCUUAUGAAAUAUAUAUUAUAGAGAAAUUUUAUAAGCAUGGAAUAAAAGAAGAAUUAAAAGAAUUUAGAAAUAAAAAUUAUAUGUCAUGUAAUAAUAAUAAAAAUAAUAUUAUGAAUAAUAUUAAUAAUAAUAAUAAUAAUAGUAAUAGUAUGUCAAGAAAUCCAAUAAAUAUAACAUAUAUUAAAUAUAAAAUAUGCUUAAUGAAAUCUUUGCUUAAUAUUAGUUUAAAGUAUAUUCAAGAGAAAAAAUAUACAAAGGCAUUAAAAGUAUGUAUACGUAAUAGUGAUUAUAUAAAAAAUUUUGUUAGAAGCUAUUGUAUUUUAAAAUAUAAGAAAUUAAAAGAUAAUCAUAAAUAUGUUGAUUUUUAUUUAAAUUUGGAUAGUUUAGAAAUAACUAUGGAUGAAUUAAAAAAUGUAUUAAAAACGAAUGUAAGGAAUAUAACAAUAUGUAAAAUUUUAUUAAUGAUAAAUGAAUAUAAACAUUAUAGAUAUAUUGAGAAUUCAUCACUUAUAUUAAUAUUAUAUUCUAUAUUAUGUCGUAUUGUAGUAAAUACAAAGUUAUUACAAUAUGUUUUAAAGAAAUUUAUAAAACGUUUGUUUGUUCGAGGAUGUUUAUUUUAUGUUCAAAAGAUGUGUGAAUUUUAUUUUUUGUUAUUUCCUUAUGAAGAUAAAGGGAAAUAUGAAUCUUUUAAAACGAAAGGUAUAAAAAAAGAAAAUUUAUUACAAGAUAAUAAUAAAAUGUUAUUGAACCAGAUAUAUGAGCUUUCAAAAAACAAUUUUCUUAUAUAUUCCACAUGUUAUAAGAGUCAUAAAUUUGCUCAAAUAAAUAAUUAUCAAUUAAAUUUUGAAAAAUGUAUAUCAUAUUUUUCUCCUGAGUGGGGAUAUUAUAUAUACACGACAAGUAAUUUUAAUAUUUUUUCUUCAACAGUAAAAUUUAAUGGUUUUUUAAAAAGUUCGUCCAUAGACUUUUCAUUAAUAUCAGAGGAGAAGUAUGAAUCAUUGUUUGAUGACCCUUCGAUGGUUAUUCGAUAUGAUGUAAAUAAUGACGAGAAAAAAAUGUUUUGUAAUAAUAUGUUGAAGGGGGGUGAUCAAAAAUCGGUGCCUUAUGUGGGUGACGAGUUAUUGAUAGAAAAUAAGGAUAAUAUUAAAAAUGAUGGUGAUGAUAAAAAUGAUGGUGAUAUUAAAAAUGAUGGUGAUGAUAAAAAUGAUGGUGAUGAUAAAAAUGAUGGUGAUAUUAAAAAUGAUGGUGAUAUUAAAAAUGAUGGUGAUAAUAUUAAAAAUGAUGGUGAUAAUAAAAAUGAUGAUACUUUUAAAAAUGGUGAUACUUUUAAAAAUGAUGAUACUUUUAAAAAUGAUGAUACUUUUAAAAAUGAUGGUGAUGACAAUUUAGAAUGUGACCCGUUAAACUUUGAAAAUCGUAAUGAUUCUAUUGUUUUGCAUGGUAGUAGUAUAGAAGAUGGGAAUAAACUUUUAUCAUCAGAACCGAUUUCUUCAAAUAAAAUAAAACGUGCAGUAGAAGAUAUAUCAUCUAAGAAUGAUUGUUUAUAUACAUAUUUAUUAAAUUAUGAAAAAAAAAAAAGAAAUUAUUACAUUAUCGAUGAAAAUUUAAAACGUAUUCAAUUUAGUAGGAACAAAACUAAUUACCAUUUAGAAACGUUUUAUGAGCUUCAUAAUGAUGAUAAAAAUAAUGAAAAUAAUAAUAGAAGAAAUAAAUUAGAAGAUAAUGUUAUGAGUAAAAUUAAUCGUGAUGCAUAUUUAAAUUCAUCAAAAUAUGCAUAUAAAAAUACUCAACUAUUAGGAAGUUGCCCAUAUUGUAAACAUGCUUUUAAUUUUUUUACAAGAACAUGUAACAUAUGUCAAAGAUAUGUUCAUAUAUGUUAUUAUCUUUUUAUUUAUUGUACUUAUAAAUACCACUGCGAGUUGUGUGAUGCAACAUAUUCAGAAAAGUGCCUCGAUAAGUUCAAAAAUGGUUUCACGUGCUUUUAUUGUGGUCUCUUUUUUAUCAAAAGAUGA